GUAGGGGGGUGGGCUAAAGGUCAGAGCUAAAGCAAGAUGGCUGCUUUCUCGGAGAGAAUGGGGCUGCUCUUUCUGGCCUGUGUUUCGUUGUGCCUCAGCAGUACGCAGGCUGUGGAUCGCGGAAACUUCAAAACCUGCGACCAGAGCGCUUUCUGCAAGCGUCAGAGGGCGGUGAAGCCAGGCCAGUCCUCAUACAGAGCCCUGCUGGAGACUUUGGAGCUCAGUAACUCCCGCCUGACCCUACAGCUCAUCAACGACAACAAUAAGGUACGCUUGCUGCUGGAGCUGUACCGUCUGCAGGGCAACAUGACCCGGGUGAAGAUCAACGAGCUGAAACCCCUCAAGCCUCGCUACGAGGUGCCGGACGUUCUCAUCACCGACCCUCCUACUGAGCCUCUUUCGGUGCUCUCCCAGGACGAGAACGGCGUGGUGCUCUCCCUGGGGGUGGAGACGCGCCGGCUGAUCGUCAGCGCCCGGCCCUUCCGUCUGGACAUCAUGGAGGGCCCGCAGGUCCUGCUGUCCCUCAACUCCCGUGGCCUGCUGGCCUUUGAGCACCUGCGUCUGCGCAAGGACACUCUCUCCGAUAAGAUAAGUAGCACAGUCGGUAGCAUGUGGGAUAAAAUCAAGAACGUUUUCUCUAGUAACAGUCAGACAGACCCAGCGGGAGCAGAGAGGACAGAGGACUCUGACACAGCAGACCAGCAUGUAGAGGAGAAGGCAGCGGAUGGAGAGAGCGAUAAGGAGGACGAGGAGCAGCCGGGGGAGUGGGAAGAGACAUUCAAAUCGCAUACUGACAAUAAACCCAACGGCCCCUCCUCCAUCAGCCUGGAUUUCUCCCUGCCUGGAGUGGAACACGUAUACGGCAUUCCGGAACAUGCUGAUAACCUCAAACUCAAAACCACAGAUGGAGGAGACCCCUACAGACUAUACAACCUGGAUGUGUUCCAGUAUGAGCUCUUCAACCCCAUGGCCCUCUAUGGUGCUGUUCCUGUGCUCCUAUCCCACAAUGCUCAGAGAACCAUGGGCAUCUUCUGGCUCAACGCUGCGGAAACGUGGGUGGACAUCAGCUCCAACACUGCUGGGAAGACGGUGUUUGGGAAGAUGUUGGACUACGUUCAGGGCGCCAGCGAGACGCCCCAGACAGACGUGCGCUGGAUUUCAGAGAGCGGCAUCAUCGACGUCUUCAUUAUGCUGGGGCCCAAGCCCACUGACGUAUUCUCCCAGUACGCCUCUCUCACAGGCACUCAGUCCUUCCCUCCACUGGCAGCUCUAGCCUAUCACCAGUGUCGCUGGAAUUACAAUGACCAGGACGACGUUCGCGGGGUGGACCAGGGUUUCGAUGACCACGACAUCCCCUAUGACUUCAUCUGGCUGGACAUCGAGCACACUGAUGGCAAGCGCUACUUCACCUGGGACCCCAACAAGUUCUCCCAGCCUCGUGAGAUGCUGCAGAACCUCAUGGAUAAGAGACGCAAGAUGGUCGCUAUCGUGGACCCCCACAUCAAGGUAGACAGCGGCUAUAAGAUCCACAACGAGAUUCGCUCCAAGAACUUUUACAUCAAGAACAAAGAUGGUGGGGACUACGAGGGUUGGUGCUGGCCAGGAAGUGCUGGCUACCCAGACUUCACCAAUCCAGAGAUGCGAGCCUGGUGGGCCAGCAUGUUUGCCUAUGAUCAGUACGAGGGCUCCAUGGAGAACCUCUACACCUGGAAUGACAUGAACGAGCCCUCCGUGUUCAACGGGCCGGAGGUCACCAUGCAUAAAGACGCCGUCCACGGAAACUGGGAGCACAGGGACGUCCACAACCUCUACGGCUUCUAUGUGCAAAUGGCCACUGCGGAGGGGCUGAUCCAGCGCUCCGGGGGAGUGGAGAGGCCCUUCGUCCUCACCAGAGCCUUCUUCGCUGGGUCUCAGCGCUACGGUGCUGUGUGGACCGGGGACAACGCCGCGGAGUGGGACCACCUGAAGAUCUCCAUCCCCAUGUGUCUGAGCCUGGGCCUGGUGGGCAUCUCGCUGUGUGGAGCUGAUGUGGGCGGCUUCUUCAAGACCCCUAGCCAGGAGCUGCUAGUGCGCUGGUACCAGACGGGGGCGUACCAGCCCUUCUUCCGGGCGCACGCCCACCUGGACACCCCCCGGCGCGAGCCCUGGCUGUUCGGCCCUGAGAACACGGCGCUGAUCCGCGAGGUGGUGCGCCAGCGCUACACCCUGCUGCCCUACUGGUACCAGCUGUUCUACCACGCCUACCGCACCGGCCAUCCCGUCAUGAGACCUCUGUGGGUAGAGUAUCCUGAAGAUGUGGCCACGUUUGCGAUUGAUGAUGAAUUCCUGCUAGGGAAAGAUUUGCUGGUCCACCCUGUUACUGAGGAGGGGGCGCGAGGUGUCACGGCCUAUCUGCCUGGCAGUGAGGCUUGGUAUGAUGUGCACACAUUCCAGAAACACAAUGGUGGCCAGAACCUCUACAUCCCUGUCACCAUGAGCUCCAUCCCAGUGUUCCAGCGAGCAGGCUCCAUCAUCCCCAGGAAGGACCGACCCCGAAGAUCCUCCUCCUGCAUGGAGUCUGAUCCUUACACCUUCUACGUGGCCCUCAACUCCCAGAAAACGGCAGAAGGUGAACUUUACAUUGAUGAUGGGCACACCUUCAACUAUGAGAAGGAGAGGCAGUUCAUCCACAGACGCCUGACUUUUGCCAACAACGUCCUCACUUCCAGCAACCUGGCCCCGGACGCCCAGUUUUCCACCACUUCCUGGAUCGAGAAGGUGGUGUUCCUGGGGGCCCACAAGCCGGGUGCUGUAACCCUAAAAACAGCAGAUGGUGAAUCUGCCUUGGAAUUUGAGUUUAACGCUGCCAUGUCAGUACUCACCCUUCGUAAACCAGGAAUGAACGCUGGUGCUGACUGGGUAGUGCAGCUACGGUAAUGCUGGUGAUGUGCAGGCAAGCACAGUACUGGCAAACCUGGUGAUUAGAAGCAGAAGGGUGAACACACAGAUCGACCAAGACAAGAGUGCACCCCUGUAAAACACACACACACACACACACACACACGCUUGACAGGAACAGGACGAAAGCACUUUUUCGGAUACACACAUGCCAGGUUGAAGCACUUAUCAGACAUGGACACACAAACGCACAGGACUUUAGUAUUCAUCAGACAGGCAAGUACAGAAACAUGCAUGCACACACACACACACACACACACACACUGACUGACUUGAGUUCUAAGUUACAGCCAUUGCAAUCAACUCAGAGGGUGGGCUUUAAGAGAAGACUGCUUUGGAGUGGGGGGGGGGUGUGAGGGGAGUAGGCCUGAGAGAGAUGAGCAGGGUCCAUACCCGUUUCCCUCCCCUCCCUCCAUUCAUUGCAAGCUGUUGGCAGCCAUUUACUUGAGGGAUGUAAUCAUAGAUUCUCUAUUUUAAUUUUGGCAACAUUUGCUCCAGGUUUGAAGAUUAUGAUUACUGAUUUAUUUUCCUUUUUGCUUUUCUCAAGACUGUUUCAGGAAUCAGAAAUAUGAAUACAUUUGUGAGGUCCUGAUUUAGACGCACACACACACACACACACACACACACACACACGUAUACACACACUUCAUAGUGAUUUACAAAGCCCUACAGCAACAUGAGAUUGAAAUCUCAUUCCUUUUUUCAUUCCCCCAUGUCUGCUUGAAAGCAUGAAAAGUGCUGAAAGGGGGACAUAAUCCUGGGAAUGCAAACGAAAAUCAAAUGUAUCUUCAUACCAUCCUCAAUAAGUCCAGUUUACAAAUUACUUUAGUGACAGAUUCCGUUCAUAUCUGAAAAAAAAAACUGAAAAAAACACUCAAAUGUCGAUAGGAUAGAAAGAGGUUUAGAACCCAGGAAAGUAGUUGAUUUUUAAAAUUGAUCCAGCCUUGGAUAGGGUUGAAUUUUUGUGAAUGAGUUCUGAUGCCCUGAUUCUGGAGACCGACUAUCAGCUGGGUUUUGUUUCCGCUUAAACUAUGAAACUUGUUCAGCCAAUUUCUCAAUCUGGCCUUUAAAAUAUUUUUUGCAUUUCAUGAGUAAAAACAAAAGUUGACAUUUCAUGUAUAACAAAAUGAAAGCUCCAUCACAGAAAGUGUCGUGAUUGUGUCUGCUAUGGUAAACCUAUUGCUUAAUUGUUGAAGUUGGAACAAAGCUCAGUUGGUAUGGUGGAAGUAUCCGGGGGACAGAACCACUGACUGGAGGGGGACAUCAGACAUUGUGACAUCUCUUCCAGUGAACAAUGUUUUUGUUUUUGUUUUUUUUAUGUACUUGAUUUCCAAAUGCACUUGAAGCAAACUUUCCAAUGUACAGCACAGAUAGAAUGUCUUUUUGCAGAUCAGAGUUGAAGUUUGUCCCAAGUUUAUGAAAAACAUGAUCCUAAAUACUGUGCGAGUGGGAUGGGGUUAUAACAUUCUAUAUCCAUAUAACAUGGUUCUUACUGCCGCUCCCAAAAACUGGUGUCUUCUGGUGUAAAUUGUAGUUGACAGUUGUGGUCAGUGUGACCAUUAGUAUUUCAGCAAAUUAACAGUGUACAUGUGGGACUUGGGGUGAUUGUUCAGUCCUCCCAGGGCACACUGUGGUUGUUGCAACUCUUUCCAGCCGGGUGAAUAUGAAUUGCAUGACCAAUCAUGACCCCCAUUGUGACGAAACAGAUUUUUUUUUUGUUCUCCACUUAUUUUCAGACAAUUAAGACUUGCAAAAAAACUUGGAAAUUUUUCCUAAAUCUAUAAUUACAGGAUGAAGAUUGGUGGAGAUAGGUGAGCCAAUGCUACCUUUUUAAUGAUAUCAUCUAAAACGAUGUAUGUUUUAGUGUCAUGACUUUUCGAGAAGUCUAUUGACUGAAAGUGUAUAAAAGAAAAAAGAAAAAAAAAAAUUAUCUUGACCAAAUUGUACAAAGAACAUUAGGAGUGGGAUGAGACUUUAUCAAAUAUAAAUGACAUGUGGAAGGUUUGACAAUAAAUGACUGUACAUUCCCA